AUGAAACUUAAAAUAGCAAAAACUGAAUGGUGGGCCGUCAGUCAAAAAAUUCAUACUACAUUGAAAGAAGCUGCCCAUAUAGCUCAUUUAAAUGGCAAAAUCUCUGAAGAAGACCGUAAUACAUUCUACACUUCAGUGACAGAGAAGGAGAUCAUUAAAGGUAUUUUGUCAGCAGAGGAUGCUAAUGAACGCACACUGUGUUUCAUCCGUGAAGUGACAGACAUUCAUCAAAAUUUAACGGAUAAAAAAGCUUCUGACUAUAUUAAUAUGAUAAACAAUUUUCAAGACGUUGACAUUGACGCCGAAAAAUCAUUGAAGAGGUUAAUCAACGAUCAAAUUCCGUUAGCAUUAAACGCUUCCAAUAUCAUUAGAAGUAGCCCGAUAAAAUGGGCUGCGGGUGGUAUAACGCGUCUGAGUCACAGCGAUUAUAUUAAAGAAUUUGAUGAACAAUUCUUUUCUGUGGUACAAAAACAAAUUGAUGCAUGUCUUCGAAAGCGCCGUGAUAUAACUGACCGUUUGUAUAGUGAAGUUUUAGCACAUGCAAUACGAUGUAAGAACAUAGUAGAUAAAUUUCAUGGUAGAGGUGAUAUUUUAGCGAAGACAGCAUUAUCUACUAGCUUAGGAGCAACUGGACGGGAAAAAUUACCUGCAGGUGGUGUACCCGUUGGAAAAAAAUUAGAACAAUAA